GGCCGCCACAACGGCCGCGCGUAGAACCUGUGCACGCGCACCCGCGAUAGCGCCCUCUACCGCACGCUAAUUCGACUUAACGCGAAACAAGUGACGUCCUAAUGCUAUAUUGAUUAUACAAACAAACAUACUGUUCCGUUUUGUAAGUGUGGUACUUAGGAAAAGUGAUGCCUCAGUAUCCCAUGACUAUGGUAAUAUAAAAAUAGUGAUGUAUUGAAAAUGUGUGAAAAAUACAAAAUGGGAAGCGGAAAGUUCGGUUUUAAUGGAAAGAAAGACAAAGUGACAGUGACGGGUGCCAAGACUGAAUUUAGUGUUAAGGAAACAUACAAUAAAAUACAAAAGAAAUUGAAGAAGACUGACUCUAAGAAGACUGAUGUCCAGGCAGAGGAGAAGACAAUAUGGUGGAAUCAAUGCAGCGGAUUAAGUGAAAUUGACCAGUACUUAUGGAUGGUCGGUGGAUCGGCGGGUGCCCUGGCGUUGACCGGCGUUGCCGCAGCCUCCGCCUUCUACCUCAGCACGAGGCCGAAGCCGGAGAAACCGCUCGUAACAUUACACGAACAAAGUCUUUUAGAGCCGGGGCCGGAAAUGGUUCGUGUAUCGAAAUUUUAUAAAGAAGCUAAAAAUGGUCGGUACCUUCGUUAUCUCUAUGAAGACACACGCACGCUUUAUGAGACUUUCCGCAGAGGCGUUAAAGAAUCAAAUAAUGGUAAUUGUCUUGGUUGGCGUGAGGGACCAAAUAAGCCCUACGUAUGGCAGACGUAUAAUGAAACUUUGCUGCGGGCGAAAAACUUCGGCUCUGGACUUAUAUGCCAAGGGCUACCUCCCGGGCAAAAUACUUUUGUAGGUAUUUACUCACAGAACUGCCCGGAAUGGGUCAUGACAGAACAAGCUGCAUACUGCUAUUCAAUGGUCAUUGUCCCAUUGUACGACACAUUAGGAGCUAAUGCAUGUGCCUUCAUUGUUAAUCAAACUGAAAUGUCAGUAGUAAUUUGUGAAGAUGAUAAGAAAGCCAAUCUACUACUUGAUCAGUCACCAAGGUGUCUAAGGAAACUAAUCACGAUUAAGGAGGUUUCGCCUUCAACGCAUCAGCGAGCAAAGAGUCGCGGUGUUGAAAUUCUCAAGUUUAGCGAUGUUGAAAUACAAGGCGCUCAGAAAGACCAUCCUUGUAUUCCACCAAAGCCAGAGAGCGUGUGCACAAUUUGCUACACCUCAGGAACGACGGGCAUGCCGAAAGGCGUCAUGUUGACGCACGAAAAUGUGGUCGCAUCUAUGUGCAGCGUCAACAUGCAGCUGGGCGAACAUAGGCCGUCGAAACAUGACAUCAUGAUCUCCUUCCUACCACUCGCUCACAUGCUGGAGCGAUGUUGCGAGAACUCCGUAUACAUGGUAGGUGGUGCAGUAGGAUUCUACAGCGGAGAUAUCAGGCGACUGGCUGAUGACUUGAGUGCUCUUAAACCAACCAUGAUUCCAGCCGUACCCCGCCUUCUCAACAGGCUCUAUGAUAAAGCACAAUCUGAAAUAUCUAACUCGAAAAUUAAGAAACUUCUAUUCAAUAUGGCAUUAUCGGCUAAAGAGUCUGAAUUAAAGAGGGGCAUAAUUCGCAGUGAUUCUAUUUGGGAUAAACUGGUAUUCCGUAAAGUGCGCGAAGGUAUGGGAGGGCGUAUACGACUUAUGGUGGUCGGGUCGGCCCCUCUUGCUGGCAACGUACUCACCUUCGCACGCUGCGCUCUUGGAUGUCUAAUCGUGGAGGGAUACGGCCAGACAGAGUGCACUGCGCCAGUAACUCUCACAGUUCAGGGCGAUCAUGUGCCUGAACAUGUCGGCCCUCCCGUCGCUUGUUGCAAAGUGAAGUUAGUGGAUGUGCCCGAGAUGGAAUACUACGCGGCGCAGGGCCAGGGUGAGGUAUGCGUACAAGGCGCCAACGUGUUCAAGGGAUAUUUCAAAGAACCAGAGAAAACCAGGGAAGUCAUCGACCAAGACGGCUGGCAUCACACCGGAGAUGUUGGCAAAUGGUUACCGAAUGGAACACUGAAAAUAAUUGACAGAAGAAAACAUAUAUUCAAAUUAUCACAAGGCGAAUACAUAGUUCCUGAGAAAAUUGAAAACAUUUACAUAAGGAGUCAGUACGUCGAACAAGUUUUUGUACAUGGCGAAUCAUUAAAGUCGUGCAUUGUAGCGGUCGUUGUACCAGAUGUCGAUGUUGUAAAAUGCUGGGCGCUAGAGUGUGGCAUUAAGGGUACAUUCUCAGCCCUUUGCGAGAACGAAAAGGUUAAAAAGGUCAUCCUGGAUGACAUGUUACAAUGGGGCAAGACCGCUGGCCUCAAGACAUUUGAACAAAUCAAAGAUAUAUACCUCCACCCAGAUCCUUUCUCAGUACAGAACGGCCUAUUGACACCCACGAUGAAGGCGAAGAGACCAGAAAUCAGGAACUACUUUAAACCCCAAAUAGAGGACAUGUAUAAGCAACUCGAAUAACAAUAGCACUCAACAUAAUUAGUAUAUAAACGUGUGCUAACGGUACUGAAUUGUUCGAAUUCGAAUUGUUUUAAUUAGAUGGACGAACAUGAAACUAAACGUAAUAUGAUUCUACGUCCACGAAUGUGUAAUCAAUAUGUAAUGUUUAUGAAUAAAAAAUGCCUAUUACAGAAAAUAACCAUUACAUUAUGGAUAUAUCCGUUAUGUAAUAGUUAUAACAGAAAACGUAUUUUACCAGACUUAACGUUCAUAAUUAAAUCUGUACAUAGAAUUUGAAGCUAAUUUUUAUAUUUUUGGUAAACAAAAGGGAUAGCAUUACAAAUUCCUUAUGAAAAUACUUAGAAUGGGCAACUGUACUAAUUAGGUUUGUCGUAAAUACGUAUUUAAAGUAGAGUGAUUCACUUAGUACACAGAUGUACUAAAAAAGCAACUCGUGACAAUUAUUUGUGCAGCUUUUAAUUUAUAAAUAACUAGUUACUAGAUAUUUUAAAUUGACUAAAAAUACUCUAAAUACUUAUCAUAUCUGUGAGGUCGUUUUACACUUAUAAAUAUUAUUUAUGUAAAUACUUUAUCGAAACAAAUUAUUGCUAAGUUAAAUACUCUUCUAAGUUACUAUAAGUUAUAGUAACUUAUGAGUAAAGUUAACGUUUGUAAAUUAAUACAUAAAUUUACUCGUAAACAAUUUAUAAGUGUAAAAGCGGUCUAGGUUAACAAUUAUUACUUAUUGACGAGAAAAUCUAGUAUUAUCAAAAUAAGAAUGACCUUUUUCAUUUCUAAUAUAAAUGAUGACUAUAAAUCAGUGAGAUUGGUUUGAUACCGAAAUAUACACAAUAAGGUAAAUUUAAAUAAAA